AUGACUACCCUCUCUGUAUGCAUGUCUUUAAAAAAAAAUUUUUAUUUCUUCGGCGUUAUUUCCUUGUCUUUGCCAAAUCGCACGAAUGUAGAAGAAAGAAGGAAGAUUAUGCGAUCUAAUCCUACUUCCCCAGAAAAGCAGCAUUUGGAUUCCUACUUUUUACCGAGACGAACGUUGAUCUCUCUGGCUCUGGUCGAGAGGCUAAAAUACGCAUUAAUCGUUUAUAUGCUCAUUAAUCUUUUCUCGCUUCCAUUUUUUUUUUUUUUACUCCAUUUUUUCUUUUUUUUUUCUGUUUCCCUCGCUCGUUUAAUCAGUAUAUCAUUUUUAUUUCUUUUGUCUGUUUUUUCUCUCUUUUUAUUCUCUCUCUCUUUCCCUCGUUUGUUCAAUCAAUAUAUUAGUUUUCUUGCUUUUGUUUCGUUUUUCUCUUUUUUCUCACUCUCUCUCUCUCUCUCUCUCAUUCCCCUCGCUCGUUCAGUCAAUGUAUCUCUCUCUUUCUUUUGUUCUGUAUUUUUCUCACUAACGAUUUAUUUAAAUGGUUUCUCUUAUUUUCUUCAUUUUCAAAAGCCAUGUCGCUUUUUUAUGUUUCUUCCCAUCUCUCCAGAGAUUAACUCUAUAUUCUCAUCUUCAUGUCUUUCUGUUCUUAUCUACUGCGCAUGCGCUCUUACUCUUUUCACUUCUGUUUACUUUCCUGGUUCUCUUUAUUUCUCUUUCCAGGCCAGAUACACUUGGUCUUUUCUGUCAAUUCAACUUCUCGUCUUUCUUCUCAUAUUCGACGGUUCUACAUAG